UUUACACUAGAUUUACACACAUCUUGUAUAGUGAACCUCAUAGCUCUGCACUACCUCAAAACAAGAACUUAGCCGUUAAGAGUCAGGCAGAUUUGGCGCGAACAGCAUGUGCGGGAGAACGGCGUGCACUCUCGCGCCGGAAGAGCUCAGUCGCGCGUGUCUGUAUCGAGACCGGAGAGGACAACGUAACCGACCUCGAUGGAAGGAUGGAGACACGGAUAAAUACAGACCUUCGUACAACAAAAGUCCUCAAUCCUUCAGCCCCGUCCUGCUUUCCAACAGACACUUCAACAAGGAUUCCCCUGUAGAUGAGUGUGUAUUGACUGCGAUGCGCUGGGGUCUCGUCCCUGCCUGGUUCAAGGAAAAUGACCCCAACAAGAUGCAGUACAGCACCUCUAAUUGCCGUAGUGAAAGCCUCUUUGAGAAGAAGUCUUACAAGGAUCCUCUUCUGAAAGGCCAGCGCUGUGUUGUUCUAGCUGACGGCUUUUACGAAUGGCGGCGACUGGAGAAGGAGAAACAGCCUUUCUUCAUUUACUUCCCACAAAGCCAAGGGGGAAAAGUGCCCUGCCAACAAAGCACACAGGAGGAGAAGAGCGAGCAUAGUCUGGAACAAGGAGAGAGUGAUCAAGAAGACGGUGAUUGGACAGGGUGGCGUCUGCUGACAAUGGCAGGGCUAUUUGACUGCUGGACUCCUCCUAGUGGUGGAGAGGCACUGUACACGUAUACAGUUAUUACUGUAGAUGCCUCACCGAACAUUCAAAGCAUCCACGACAGGAUGCCUGCCGUGCUGGAUGGAGAGGAUGAGGUAAGACGGUGGUUGGACUUUGGAGAAGUGAAAUCACUGGAAGCUAUGAAGUUACUUCAGCCAAAGUCUUCCCUGACCUUUCACCCCGUCUCAUCAUUGGUCAACAAUUCCCGCAAUAAUUCCCCAGAGUGUCUACAGCCUGUAGACCCCACAAUUAAAAAGACCCCUAAGCCUUCAGCCAGCAGUAAAAUGAUGAUGAGCUGGCUUAAGACUGCUUCACCCACUAAGAGGAAGGAUACUGAUGAAGAUGCUGCAUCCAAAGGACCUGAUGGAAAGAUUGAAUCUGAGAAGCAGACAAAACCAAAUGGGCCUCUCCAGCAAUGGCUGCUGGGAACAGGUUCAAGUAAGAAACCAAAAACCUCAUAAUAGAGAAUCAUUACAGGACUGUCAGUGUCCUUGUGCACAGAUUGGAAUGAGCAUUCUCUUCAACCAGAGAGAGGUGUUAUGACUAGAGCUGGUGACCAGUAACUAGUAUGAGAAGACCCACCCAAUGGAUAAAGAGACCCAUCUUAAGAACAGCAUAAGACUCUCGUGGCUUUAACAUGCUUCAAUAUUGGUUAAAACAGUUCAGCACUCAUUUUCCAAGUAUUUAGUGUGUAGAUAUUGGUGUGCAUUUGGUAAUUGCCCUUUUCAU